GAUUCGAGAUUCGAGAUCAAUUCGCGGUUGAUCUGUUGACAUCGGUUGACGUUGAGAUGACAUGUGGUACUUCGUUCUGUCAGUGGAUGGCGAUUUAACAAAGAAAAAAGGAAAAGAUCCGUAACACGCACGGUAACGAAUAUGAAAUAUAUUUGAAGUUUGAAUAUAUUAUCGUAACUGCUAAAUAGCGAAGUGGAAAUAAUUGCGAACGUUCAUAAAUUGUAUACAAGAAUGAAAAGUGACGUGUGCUUGCGUAGGAUAGUAUCGAUACGUCAAAUGUUAUCAAGAUAUUGAAAGAGAGAGAGAGACGGGAAACUGAUGAAAAAAAUUGGGGUGCAAUAUGAAUUCCCCGGAUCUGCGAAACUGGCCAAUCUUUAGCUUGCUGGAGCCAGAAUUCGUCUCGCGAAUUCACAUGGUCAUGGUAUAUGGUAAUUUGGGUAACGAGGCUCUAAUCGUGACGAAAGAUAAAGUAGUAUAUGGUUUAGGUAACAACAUUGCUGGCUGUUUGGGAACCAGUGAUGCCCAUAGCACAUUGCAUCCAAAGAAGAUAGAAGUCUUGUGUGACAAAGAUAUAAAAACAUUUGCCUAUGGGAGUGGACCUCACGUUUUGGCGCUUACAGAGAAGGGAGAGGUAUAUUCCUGGGGUCACAACGGUUACAGCGAAUUAGGAAAUGGAACAUGCAAUCAGGGUCUUACACCCUCUCUAGUGAACAUGCCCACUCUAGGAGCUGGUUUGAAUAUGAAACGCAUUGUGGAUGUUGCAUGUGGGAGUCAUCAUUCUCUCGUUCUCACUGAGGAUGGAGAGGUAUAUGCCUGGGGGCAAAAUAAUUGUGGACAAGUGGGUAGCAGUCUUAGCACGAAUCAGGGCGCACCGCGACAAGUAAACUCUAAUUUGGCCGGGAAAAAGGUUGUCCACAUUUCCUGUGGUCAGACUUCUAGCAUGGUGGUAACCGACAACGGCGAGGUAUAUGGUUGGGGUUACAAUGGUGUCGGCCAACUGGGGAUAGGCAAUUACGUGAAUCAAAUGACUCCGAGUCGAGUCGGCUCGCUGAUAGGCAUCGUAAUAAUCAAGGUAGUUUGUGGAUACGCGCACACGUUGGCGCUCACGGACGAGGGAAAACUCUACGUCUGGGGCGGGAAUAGUUACGGUCAACUAGGCAUUGGUAAUAAGACAAACGCUUGUAAUCCAGUCUUGCAGGUCACACACGAAAUGGGAAGGGUGUUCGACAUCGCUGCUCUGCACUAUAAUCAUAUAAGCAUUGCCGUCGGCCUAGGCGGACGUGUGUACAUGUGGGGUCAUUGUCGCGGGCAGAGCAUCACGACUCCGACCGCCACUCCAUUUUUGAAUAUACACGACGCAUUUGCGUGUUACGGAUCGCCCAGCGUUAUGCACAAACCAUUGAUUCUGCAUGCGAAUGAGGACUCGGGCAUAUUGGAAUGUCUGGGAGCUGCGUUUGACGAUUCCUCGACAAGCGAUCUCACGAUACAAAUAAACGGGCAAGCUAUCUACGUCCACAAGGCUAUUUUGAAGAUCCGUUCUCCAUACUUCAGGACCAUGUUCCAGCAUAAUUGGGCGGAAAACAAUCAAAGUAUCAUCGAGCAUGAUCAAUUUACCUAUGUCGUGUACAAAGCUUUUCUGAAAUACUUGUACACUGAUAUGAUCGAUCUACCUGCAGAAAAGGCGUUAGAGCUCCUUCAUUUGGCUAACGCUUACUGUGAAAACAAUCUUAAAAGACAUUGCAUUCAAAUGAUAAAGCAAGGGAUUACCAUAUCGAAUGCGGCCUAUUUAUAUAGCGUCGCGAUCGAGUACAAUGCGAAGGAACUCGAGGAGUUCUGUUUCAAGUUCGCCUUGAAUCAUAUGACAGCCGUGACGCAAACGGAGAAUUUCGCCAAACUGGACGAGAACACGGUAAAAACUUUUAUCAUUAAAGCAGGCAAGGCCGGCGCUUUUAGGACGUAAUUCGUCUAUUUGCCUUAAGGAUAAUACGUUUCGGAAAUGGACGGAAAUCGUCAAAUCUAUCUGUUGCUGCACGGGUAUUCGCGACAGAAUUCCUAAUAGUCGCGUAGACUAAUGAAGGAGUCGCGUUUCAGCGACUCGCUUCCUCUUAUUUCUCUCUUAGCAUUCCGCGUAAGUAAUAAUAAAUAAUUGCGCAUUUUUUAGCCGUGCAAUCUAGUCGGCGUCUUUCGACAGAUUACUUUGUGAGAUCUACUUGGAUAAAGAAAGUAAUCUUUUAUAAAGUACUUGAGAUUAUUAUCUUGGAUCUCUUUGUAUCUCUAAAUAAGGAAAAAAACAAGACAAUGUAUUAUUCGCCGAUGCAAUUAAAAAACAAUUGAGCGAGUUAAUUAACGUGACGUGUCUGUCCAACGAUGGCGACAGUUCGAUUUCGUUUAUCAUUUUUGCAAUAUAGCGUAGUUCGAUUUUACAACAACUCUACGUAGAUUCUACAUUGACAUCUCGGGAUUUUUAUCAGAUACGAUUUUUGUAAAUUUCAUCUAACGGUGUAUGUAUCUGAAUAAUAAUAAAAACUUUUUCAACACCGUCAAAAGAA